AUGUCAGACUCAAAUUUGGAUAACAGUAAGAAGAAUUUCUUUGAGGGGGAAGUAGAUGAUGAAGAAAGUGUGAUUUUGACAUUGGUGCCAGUUAAAGAUGAACCAAACAUGGAACAAAUGGAACCAAGUGUUUCAACUUCUGAUGUCAAACUGGAGAAGCCUAAGAAAUACAAUCAAGGUAAUCUACUUCAAACAAAUGAACAAUUUACAGCUCCACGAAAAGCUAGAUGCAAAAUACCAGCCCCUCCCUUGCCGACCCUUUUACCUCCUAUUAAUAAGGUGUGUCGGGACACUUUGCGGAACUGGUGUCAAGAACUUGGUUUGAAUACGAAGGGCAAGAAAAUAGAACUUUAUCUGAGGCUCCAUGGGCAUGCUUACCCUGAACAACAACAAGAUAUGCCUGAAAUGUUACAAGAGACCAGAGUACAGCAGUGUUCAAGGAAAAGCAAGGCAGUGACCAAGACAGCAAGGCUUCAGAAAAGUUUUGAGAUGAAUGAGAGAGCAGAAGAGACUAAUACGGUUGAAGUGAUAACUUCAGCGCAGGAAGCCAUGUUGGCAUCGUGGGCAAGAAUUGCUGCAAGAGCUGUUCAGCCUAAGGCUGUGAAUUUGUGUUCCAUUCGUAUUUCUGUUGAGGCCUUUUUGAUGCAAGCUUCUGGUAAGAUCAGCCUUAAAGUGUGA